ACUGUUUUUGUCCGAGCGGCCGUCAUUCGUCUGCGGGCGAAGGGCACGGAUGUUGUAACAAGCCCACAUUUUGAGCCGUUAUUUCAUCCCUUCACGUCUGACUCACGACGUCAUCGACACAGACCCUUUAGUAGCUCGUAGCAGUCUUUAUUCCUUAUUUCGUGUCGCUUAAUCGACCGGGGAUAUAGGAGAGGAUGGGGGGGAGAGGUUGAAGAGUGGAGAAGAUGUGGCUUAAUGUUGCAGUGAAAACGGCCGUUAAAGUUCCCCGUUGAUUAUCGUCAGACUGGACAGGUUAGUUUAUCCAACAGUCCAUGUCGUUUGUCUUUCACAGUGUUUUCACUAAGCUCAUCAGGCAUGGAUGUGUCAGAUUCCUGAGCAGAGAAGAUGACAUCGGAGGCUGCUGUCUCCACACCCUCCCCUACAAGCAGCAACAGCACCAGCCCGGCGAAUAGAGACUACUACUGGCUUCGCUCCUUUGUAGCUGGAGGUGUAGCAGGAUGCUGUGCCAAGACAACCAUCGCCCCCCUGGACAGAGUCAAGAUUCUUCUUCAGGGCCAGAGCCCACAUUACAAACACCUGGGGGUGUUUUCCACUUUCACCGCUGUGCCAAAGAAAGAAGGCAUCUUGGGUCUGUAUAAGGGCAACGGUGCCAUGAUGGUCAGGAUAUUUCCUUAUGGAGCCAUUCAGUUCAUGGCCUUUGACAAAUAUAAGAAGCUGCUGAGCAAACGGAUCGGGAUCUCCAGACACAUCCAUCGCCUCAUGGCAGGAUCUAUGGCAGGCAUGACUGCGGUGAUAUGCACCUACCCUCUGGACGUGGUCCGAGCCCGGCUGGCCUUCCAGGUGAAGGGAGACAAUCGCUACUCUGGAAUUAUCGAUGUCUUCCGCUCUAUUUAUCGAAAGGAGGGCGCAUUUGGCUUUUACCGGGGCCUGACUCCAACUCUUAUCGGAAUGGCGCCUUAUGCAGGUCUGUCGUUCUUCACCUUUGGCACCCUGAAGAGUCUCGGCUUAAAGCAUUUCCCGGAGCACCUGGGACGCCCCUCGUCAGACAACCCGGAUGUGCUCAUCCUGAAAACCCACGUCAACCUGCUGUGUGGAGGGGUUGCUGGUGCCUUCGCUCAGACCGUCUCUUACCCCUUGGACGUGGCAAGGAGAAGGAUGCAGUUAGGGACUGUUCUUCCCGACUCAGAUAAAUGUGGAUCACCUAUCAAGACUCUGAAGUACGUGUAUGAGAAAUACGGGAUCAAGAAAGGACUCUACAGGGGCCUUUCUCUUAACUACGUCCGCUGCGUGCCCUCACAGGCCAUGGCCUUCACCACCUACGAGUUCAUGAAGCAGGUCCUCCAUUUGAACUAGUCUGUACUGCUGCUCUGAGCCUGCAGGGUCCGACCCCUAACCCGAUCAACAUCCACGUCUCCCUGAUGGCGUUACCCUUCCAUCGGGGAGUUACUCAGUAUGUCUUAUACUCCUCGAGUUCCCUUAAGAAACCAGAGGAGUCAUUGAAUGAACAAAGAAAAAAAGAAAUCUGCUGUUGAACAAAAGGAAGGCUCUCAUUCCUUCUCAUCUGCAUCAUCACUGAACAGAUUUUUUAAACAUUACAAUUUCUUGGUCAAUUAUGCUAGCACCACCGAAGCAGCCCAUGAAUGUUCAGCAAAUACAAUCAUAUUUUGAUCAGUUCUCACAAUCUUCUCGUAUUUUAAGCAUAAAAUAAUCAAAGGAUAUAUUUUUUUUUUUAUGAUAAUGCAUAUGUUCUUUAAAUUGUGGGGCAUAUUUGCCAUUACAUUUUACAGCUACACAUUUAUGCCAUUACCUUAUUUUUUUUAUAACUGUUUACCAACUUGUAGCUGUUGCUAAAUGAUUAUGUUUAAAUUAUUUUUGUGCAUCCAGGGCCUAAUGUGUCUUUUAAUUUUGCAAUGCAGUACUUUUGGAAAAAAUCAAAUAAAAAUUUCUUAGGGCAAAUCCGCUUAAAUACUGUGUGUGUGCCUUUUGAUACUAAGUCUGAAAAGCCUUCCAUUUUGUUUUCAUGUCUUAAAUGGAGCAGUUUUGUUUCUGAAAAACAUAUCUCUAUGUUGCUUAACGUGCAUUUAACAUAAAGAGUCUGUAGCUUCAGUGAUGCUGGCAGAUGUAGGACCAUAAUAUUGUGACACAUUGCGUGUUAUUUUGAAGUUUUUGUUUAGAGGGAACUCAGGUUUCAUUUGCACUGAAGCUUUUUGUUAAUUAGUUUAGCAACAUGUUGCCACUGGGUGGCAGUAUUGAUACGCAAUGUGGAUAAUUACCGAGGCCUACCACACUACAAACAUCUCUCUUCUCCAUGACAUCCCCAGAUUGGUUCUGAUAGGACACACCAACAACUAAAUGUUUUAUGACUGCUGUUUCCUGGCUAUUUGCACUGACUUUACUUAAUAAAUGUAAUCUCAAAGUCAACUGA